UUGACCUCUGUGCACCUGCAGGACACGAGCCGCUCCUCGCUGGCAGAACUGCUCCUGUCGGACCUCCUGCAGAUGGAGAACGAGGUUCUGGAGGAGGACGGCUUCCCUCUGCCUGAAGGAGAACCUGAGGACAUCCGUUUGGACCUGGAGCGAGCCGCCGGAACCGGGCCGCUGCUGGCACCGCGAGAGAGGAAGGCCGGGUGCAAGAACUUCUUCUGGAAGACCUUCACCUCCUGCUGAGAGCCGCUCCUCCUCCUCCUCCUGUACAGAACCGGUCUGGACUGGACAGAACCGGUCUGGACUGGACAGAACCCAGUUUAGUGUAGAACUCUGAUUUUUCUGAAUGUAAACUGAAUGAAACUAUUUUUAAUUGUUGGUUUGAAUAAAAUCUGUUUGAGACAAA